AUAACCCUUGCGUCAUCUGUGCGGAUUUUACCUAUGCCAGCAGUCUGAUUCGGGGGUUUAGAGACCGCUGAAUAUUUUGGAUUAACAAAAAUAUAAAUUCCCGACAAAUGCCAAAAACCCACUCUUCUCCUUCACUACUUUGUUCUCCCGAAAAAAAAUCCCCAACCCUAGAUUCAGAUACCGCCAUUUUCUUCUCUAGCGUGCCGGAAUUCAUCGGCGCCAGAAUAGAAUUCAUCAAAGGUUCUGCUUAGAACGAUACCAUUUCCUCCUGAUCCGCUUACGAUCGCCAUCGACAAUUGUUCUUAUUCGUCGAUUUCUCAUUAGCGGCGGCGGGGGAACUCAUAGCCUCAUCGGAGCAGCUGCAUUAUCUCGUGAUCGCUCUGCGAACAAUUCAAGAUCUGGCGCACCAGGUUGCUCGACAAGGUACGUAACUCUGAGUUCUUGUGCGAGAUCGCUCAGGGGAUUUGUGCGUUGGGACGAGCAGAGUGGGUGGCGGUCCUAGGCAAGUGAAAGCAUACGUUAUGGAGGGAGGAUGAAUUAUAGGUUUUGUAUAGGUGUAGUAGUCUUUUCCUAUUGCAAAUGCCAAGUUGGAGCCAUUGCAUGCGAUGGUUCCCUGUGAGACAUGUCGAUUAAAGCCAUGUUGGUGUGCAUUUUUGGGUUCGUGGCUACAGUGGUAUGAAUGGUUCUAUAAUCUAUGUACUAUACGGUUAAUUUGGGUUUAAAGAAGUCUAUGAAGGCAAGGUCUCCCAAGUUCAGGGCGGGUGAUGUGUCGGCAUACUUGUUCGACCCGGAUAUCUACACUGACGGCGGGAUUUUGGCUCAGGGAUUGAUGGAUACUGUGCAGGAGAAGGAAGCGGUGGAGAUGCUGAGGAAGCCAACAAGUCCAGUCAAAGUCUUGAACAAGGCCACGAGAGAAAGAUCAGUCCACAAGCGUUCAUUUGCUAGUAAGGGAAAAGGUUAUGAUGUGGUUCGAAAGCCAAGCUCUCUUGAUCAAAGACUGUCGUCAUUGAAAGUUUAUGUUGAUGACAUCCCUUCCCCUGCAAAUUACCUUGUUUAUCAGGUGUACUAG